UCUGCUCUGAUAAAGAGGCUGAAUGUCUGCAGGACAUGCUAAACAUUUGUUUAUUCAUGUUCCUUGACUGAAAAACCAGCGUGGCUGACACAUAGAUGCACAGAGACUGGCGUUCUGCUCCACGCAGGAGCUUUCUAUGACAGAAAUCACAGAGUUUUAGGCUUGUUGAGCAGCUUUAUGUUUUAACAUUAAGCUUUAGACAAAUUGUUUGAGUUGAUUUUAUGUUAUUUGCUUUGUAGAAAAAGUUAUUUGGUGGGGAAACGCCUCCUCCUUGUAGUUGCUACCUUCUUUUUUCUGUCCAUUUUCUUUUUACCCUCCAUUUUGUAGAAGUAACUUUUGACCUUGUGCCGCAAUGUGGGAGUUCAGGUCAAUGUCCUUCUGGCGGGCAGUGUUUGCGGAGUUCUACGGCACCAUGUUCUUUGUAUUCUUUGGGCUGGGGGCAGCUCUCCGCUGGACCACAGGGCCCCAUAACGUUCUUCAUGUCGCCUUUUGCUUUGGGCUGGCAGCCGCCACCUUCAUCCAGUCCAUCGGUCACAUCAGCGGAGGACACAUCAACCCAGCCGUGACCUUUGCCUAUCUGAUCGGAUCGCAGAUGUCCCUUUUCCGUGCUUUCUUCUACAUUGUGGCCCAGUGUCUCGGUGCACUGGCUGGUGCCGCUGUGCUGUACGGAGUCACGCCGAACAACAUGAGGGGAAACCUGGCACUGAACACACUGCAGCCAGGUGUCAGCCUGGGCAUGGCUACAACAAUAGAGAUUUUUCUGACGCUCCAGCUGGUUGUCUGCGUCUUUGCUGUGACAGAUGAGAGGCGCAAUGGGCGCCUCGGCUCAGCAGCUCUGGCAAUUGGCUUCUCUGUACUUAUAGGGCAUCUUCUUGGGAUGUACUAUACUGGAGCUGGAAUGAACCCGGCGAGGUCUUUUGCCCCUGCUGUUCUGAUUAGGAAUUUUGUUAACCACUGGGUAUACUGGGUGGGACCAAUGAUUGGUGCUGCUAUAGGGGCCCUGCUGUAUGACUUUUUGCUGUUCCCACGCAUGCGUGGCCUCGCUGAGAGACUCGCCACCCUGAAGGGUGCCCAACCCGCAGAGCCUGAGGGCCAGCAGGAAACCAGAGGAGAGCCCAUUGAGCUGAAAACACAGGCUCUAUAAGCCCACAGGAGGUUUUCUGACACCCCAUCCUGCACCCAUCAUCUCUCCUUCUGCACCCUCAGUUCUUCGCCCAUCCUCGUGCCUUACACAGUUUUCACACACAUACCUUCCUCCCAUUCCUCACACUAACACAGAUCUCAAUCAUCUUUGCUCUUCUACUUUUUUCUGGACCUGCAGUAAUGGGAUGCCCAUCUUUCUUUAAAUUCCUCGUUACACAGUCUCCUCUCAACCUGUAAAUGGAGGAUGAGGUUGAAGAAACUUGCCACUGAGGAAUGCAUGCUGGGAACUCUGACGUAGGGAGUCGAUCACUCCAGGCUGACCAGGUGGCUAAAACUGUACAGGACGGGGCCAAUCCUCCCAUCGCUCCUUCCCUUUAUCUUUCUCUUUAUGUUUUUUUUCUUCUAUUUUGUAGUCUGCUGGGAGUGAAGCUACAUUAGAACAGUGGACUUCUGCAUGCUUUUCCAUUUUGAUCCCGUGUGAUCUCUCCAACUUUGUGUUUCAUGACCUUUGGGUAAAUUUCGUGUGUCGGUUUUGUAUUUUACAGGGAUUCAUUUAGCUUGUAUCUUUUUCUUUAGGUUUAAGUGAGCAUGCAUGCGCGUUUGAUGGAGAGUGAGAGCAGCUGAGUGUGCCUGCAUGUCUGCGCGGCUGGGUGACUGAAUACUUUUUAUUUUAUUUUAUUGAUGAUUUUUAAAUUUAAUCAUUGCAUUGCCACAAUCUUUUUUUUUUUACUUUUUGUUUUAGUUAUUUUGCAAGCUUCUUUAGUAAAAUAUUCUCAUGUGUUCUUAACCUCACUGGACAUGUAAAAGCUCAAUGCAAAAAAGAAAGAAAAAAAAGUUUUUAUGUUUGAAAUAAGCCCACUUUUGUUUCUUAUAGAAAGAAUUUUAGCCGUCAUACUAAUACCAGGUCAAGAAGAUCCCUUCAUACCAGUUUUGAACGCACUACUGCUUGGCUUCUUUCAGAGUGUAGUUUAGUUUUUUUCAUAAAUGCAAUAAGGUGACAAAAUGGGAUGGAAAUCUCUCCUCUGGAUUUGGGCUCUUAAUGACCACUUGUGCUGAAUUUGUCUCUUUUUCUGUUGCGAUCUUUACAUAACUCAAAAGUAACUCCCCUUCUUGUCAUUGCGUUCACCGUCUCUGUUCAGUUUGUCCUUCUUUUGUACCCUCCUACUGAAAUCUUCCAGCAAAAGCUGCUUGCCGGUAAUCACACAACCUGCUGCUGCGUGUACAAGUAAAAGGGUUGGAGAUUUCAUCUUUGCUUUUCACAUUAAAAAAAGACUAAAUGGGCUCUUGCCUUGCAAUAUGAAGAGUAAAGGAUUCUCUAGUAGGGCUAAAUAAUAUUAAUUAGAUAUUAAUAUUUGAAAUUAGAAAACAAACACACAUCAGAUCUAUUCUGAGUUCAGUAUUCCAUUGUCAUUGUUGAAAGUUGUAUCAUUGCACCCAAACAUCUGUUAUAAGUGGGAAUCUGUAGUUUAUAUCCAUAUUUUGAUAACUUUUCAAGUAUUUUUGUUAGAUUGUGAUUUUGAAAAAAUUCCAACUUUUCUUUUUUUUCCAUCAAAGCUUUAGAGCAGCAAGUUCAUGUACAGGUGUGUAAUAGCUGGUUUGCUUUUCUUUCUGCGUGCCUGACAUGGAAAAAAAGCUGUUUAAAGAAACAAUGUUUCCUCGCUGGAUUGUGUUGUUUGACAUGACUGAAGAGUCUCUUUACUUCAACUCGAGGUUAAAAAUAAAAGAGUGCAAAAGGUG